UGUGGUAUCUUCAGGGUGGUAAAAUAAGUUGGGUUGGGACUGUUUGGGAAUGUUCUUUGUUUUGAAUUCUACGAUAAAGUUGCAAAUUGUGAAUCUUCCAUUUAUUUACUCAAAUAUCCUACUAUGAAUAUAAUUUGCCCAAUAUGUACUGAAUCUGUGCUACCUAAUGAAGAUCUCUGUGCCAAUUCCUGUGGUCAUAUCUUUCACUAUCCCUGCAUUCGACAGUGGAUUGAGAGGUCCAAAACCUGCCCUCAGUGUCGAAAACUAUGCUCUGAGAAGCAUCUGAACAGGAUCUACUUUACUGUGUCCUCGGCCCAGAGCACAGAACAGGAUGUAGUUAACCUGGAGAGAAAACUCGAAAUCCUCAAUCAGAACUACCAAGAGAAGCUCAAGCAUUUCGAUGAGCUUCAGGAAGAGGCCAAGAAACUAAGGAACGAGAAGAAAAAAUCUGCAAAGACCAUUAUUGCCAUGGAAGAAAAACUCAACAGCAAGGACUUUGCACUGAAAUCUUCAACAAACCAGUUAAGGAAAAUUAAAGAUGAACUCUUGGAGUACCAGGAUGCCAAAAAGGAGCUGGAUGCUCUGAAGAAUCAACUAGAGCAGGUUCAAGCCAUUGAGAUUAUGUUGACUUCCAAUCAGACGGAUGUUCAGGAAUUGCUGGGAAAGCAUCCGAGUUCAGAGACUCUUGCCUACAUGAUCUCCAAUCUCAAAAGGGAUUUAGUUAAGAGCGAAGCAUCCAGGAAGGAACUGAGAACUAUUCUCACAAAGACCAAAAAUUCUUUCAAGGAAGAGACACAACUGCGCGAGCAACUGCAGGAUCAAUUGGGAAUCAUGGAGAGUGAGAAAUUUGAGCUCCAGCGACAGCUCCGGAAGCGACAGAGAGACGAAGAUGGAGAUGAAGAGGACAAAAAUGCCGAAAAGAGAAAAUCCACUGACACUUCUGCAACAAUUUCAUCUCCAGAAUCUCCUGGACAGCCAGAUACCGACUCUCCCUACUUGAGGAUUCAAUCGAGUGCCAUUGGAUUAACGCCACUUCUCAAGAAGCCCAGCCUCGAUAAACCUAACUUAAUCAACUUACAUCCCGACUUCAAAAAAGUGAGCCUGCUAAUAUCCUGACAAAAACAUCCUUCCUAACCUUCAAACCUUUCUUGCAGUUAACAAUCUUCCAGAAGUACCGUCCAGAACCGCAGGAAAAAAGAAAUAUACCAAAUGGAACUUACGUAUCAGAUGGCAUGGGAGGCGUUGAGAAAAAAGAAAAUUUUCCAGGUUUCCCGUCGCGCAACAAUGGCACACUAAAUUUCCAGUCAAUUAAAAAUCGUCUCAAAAGCGGGAAAUUGAAGAAUCCCGCGAAGCAUUGAUCCGAAAUACAUUUUUUUCAUCCAUUUUUUUCACA